GAUUGAGGAUGCUGUUAAGGCGCAAGUUGAGGUAGUAUAGCUCGCUGCAAAGGAUCUUGAGCUUAUGGGUCUUGUGAUAGAGGAGGUGGGUAAUUUGCAGUCAAAUCCGAGGGAUCUUGGGGUGGAUGAGGUGACAGAAAUUGAGUCUAGAAAGGAGGCUGUGGUAACCCAGGUUCUCACUAAUUUAGAGGAGGGGCAGAGGGAAGGUAAAAGGGUAGUGGGUUUAAAUACCCAAUCUCCAGAAUCCCCUGCUAAGCUUUUAAUUGGUACCAAUGGGGCUAGUUCUUCGGGUGUAAAGCCUGAGACUCCUAGAGUUCGGUGGAUUGAUUUGGUUGAUGGAGAGAAGGAUGAAGUACUGACUCAGCCACUACGGAAGCCGGUUAGGAGUUGGUCGUCGGUAGUGCAAGGAAAUAGGGAUAUUAGGAAGGGAUGGGAGUUGCAGUAUGUAAAACCUCAAGACCCCUCUGGUGCUGUGGUGAUUACCGAGGAUGAAUGGAUGCUAGUGGAAGUUGAGAUUAUGGAGGAGUUACCACAGGUGGUACCUGUAGUUGGGCCCAAGGGUAUUUUCCAGCAACCAGUAAUCUUUGAAUGGUCCCCGGUGCGCUGUGGAAACUGUGGUAACCUUGGACAUGAGGAAAGGAAUUCUAUGGUACAGGUUGAGCCUAAUAUACUUAGUGAGGUUGUUGUCCAACAGUGCAAGCAUGAUGAAGUACUAGAGUCUACGGUGGUGGUUGAUAAGGAAAUGCCUAUAAUGGAAUCUGAUCAUGUCAAAGGAACUGUUAUUGAUGAUGGUAAUGUGACAGCUUUGUUUCCGGAAUUGUUUUCAAGACAGGCUGGUGAAGAAGCUGUUGGUGGACAAGUUCUUGCUCAGAAAGAUGGGAUGCAAGCGGCUGGUGGAGAGCUUAUUAAGAAACAAGAGGCAUUGCAAUCUGAUCCUUUUAAUGAUCAUAUAAUACAGGAAGUGAAGGAAGCUACUCGAGAAUAUGAAAGGGUAGUUGAAGCUGAUGUAAUGUUGGCAUCACAAAAAGCUAAAGUUGAUUGGCUUAGAGAGGUUGAUACCAACUCUUCAUAUUUUCAUGCAAUAGUGCAAGAGAAACAACACAGAGGGAAUAUUGCUAGUCUGACUACUGAGGCUGGCAUAAGAAUUACUCAAAGGGAUGACAUUGGCCAGGAAUUUUUUAAUUUCUUCGAAAAUUUAUUUGGUACCUCUGUUGAAGGGGUUCCUUCUAUUGAUUCUGCUAUAGUUAAAAGAGGAAGGUUACUUUCAAAUGAGGAGAGCUUAAGAUUGUGUAGGCCCUUUAAUGAAGAGGAGAUUAAGGAUGCCCUUUUUACUAUACCUGACAGUAAAUCACCUGGGCCUGAUGGUUUUACUUCAAGUUUUUUCAAAGCAGCUUGGGGGAUUGUUAAGGUAGAUUUUGUUGCAGCAGUAUUAAAUUUUUUUCAUAGUGGGAAGCUACUUGGGCAGGUUAAUGCUACCAAUAUUAGUGUUGUUCCCAAGACAAAUUGUCCUAAUACUGUGGGUGACUUUAGACAUAUUUUGUGUUGUAAUGUUACUUAUAAGGUAAUUACAAAGUUGAUAGCUCAGAGGAUGACUGAGGUACUGAAAUUUUUAGUUAGUGAUAAUCAAGCUGCUUUUGUGAAGGGGAGAUCUAUCACAACAAACAUCCUUGUUUGUCAGGAUCUAGUCAGGAAUUAUCAUAGAAGUGGGGGUUCCCCUAGAUGUUUGAUGAAGAUUGAUUUGAGGAAAGCUUAUGAUACAGUGCAUUGGGGUUUUUUGGAGAGUUUGUUAAUUGAACUACAAUUUCCUCUUAAGUUUGUAAGAUGGAUCAUGGUAUGUGUGAGUUCAGCUAGAUUUUCUGUGGUAUUAAAUGGGCAACCUUAUGGUUUUUUUCAAGGGAAAAGAGGACUGAGGCAAGGUGAUCCAAUGUCUCCCUAUCUCUUUGUGCUUGUAAUGGAAUAUUUGACAAGAAUAUUGCAAGAGUUAGAGGGAAAUAAGGAUUUUCAAUAUCAUAGUAGGUGUAGGAAGUUAAAGUUGACGCACUUAAUUUUUGCUGAUGAUGUGAUGAUUUUUUGCAAAGCUGAUAAGGCUUCUCCUCUUAUUAUUAGAAGUUUGUUUGAUAAAUUCUCUAUGGCUACUGGACUCGUUAUUAAUAGCUCAAAAAGCCAAAUGUUUUUUGGAGGUGUGUCAGAUGGAUUGAAAGGGCAUAUUCUAAAUCAAAUAGGGUUCAGUGAAGGGCAAUUACCUGUGAAAUAUUUGGGUCUGCCCCUUAUUUCCACAAAGCUUUUUGCUAUUACAUGCCAGCCAGUGGUGGAUAAAAUUAGACAUCGUAUCUGUUCUUGGACUUCCAAAUUUCUUUCUUACGCUGGCAGAAUUCAAUUGCUGAACUCUGUAUUGUUUCAUAUCCAAGUUUUUUGGAGUGGAGCUCUCUUGCUACCAAAGAAAGUUAUUAAGAGUAUUGAUGCUGCUUUUAGGAAUUUUGUUUGGACAGGAAAGUGGGAUCAAUCAGCAAUGGCACUUGUGGCUUGGUGAGAUAUUUGUGUUCCUAAAACUGAGGGAGGCUUAGGAGUUAAACAGUUAGCUAGUUGGAAUCGAGCUGCCUUGUGCAAAUAUAUUUGGCUAAUUUGUAAAAAGCAACAAGACCUUUGGGUACAAUGGGCUCAAGUAGUUCUACUAAAGGGGGAAAGCAUAUGGAAAGUAAAGUUACCAAAUGAUUGUUCCUGGUCUUGGAAGCAGAUUUUGAAGAUGAGAACUAGUAUUAAAGACCAAGUUUGGGU